AUGGCCGCGCCGCUCGUAUGUACGCGAUUUAGUGACAAUUACGAACUUAAAGAGGAACUCGGAAAAGGGGCAUUUUCUGUUGUAAGAAAAUGCAUUCAAAAGCACACAGGAUUGGAAUUCGCUGCAAAAAUUAUAAAUACGAAAAAAUUAUCAGCCCGAGAUUUUCAAAAAUUAGAGAGGGAAGCAAGAAUAUGCAGGAAAUUACAGCAUCCAAAUAUAGUGAGAUUACACGACAGCAUCCAAGAGGAACUAUUUCACUACCUCGUGUUCGACCUUGUGACAGGUGGCGAGUUAUUUGAAGACAUCGUAGCAAGAGAGUUCUACAGUGAAGCUGACGCAUCGCAUUGCAUUCAGCAAAUACUGGAAAGUGUAAACCACUGCCACACGAACGGGGUAGUACACAGGGAUCUAAAACCGGAAAACUUGUUAUUGGCAAGCAAAGUCAAAGGCGCUGCGGUCAAGUUGGCCGAUUUCGGAUUGGCCAUCGAGGUUCAGGGCGAACAACAAGCGUGGUUUGGUUUUGCCGGAACUCCAGGCUACCUGUCACCAGAAGUACUGAAGAAAGAACCAUAUGGAAAACCUGUCGACAUAUGGGCUUGCGGUGUAAUACUUUACAUAUUGUUGGUUGGAUACCCACCGUUCUGGGAUGAAGAUCAACAUAGAUUGUACGCCCAAAUCAAAGCUGGCGCUUAUGAUUAUCCGUCGCCUGAGUGGGAUACAGUUACACCAGAUGCAAAAAAUUUAAUUAAUCAAAUGCUAACUGUGAACCCCGCUAAACGGGUCACAGCAGAUGCUGCACUCAAACACCCAUGGAUUUGCUAUCGUGAGAAAGUUGCUUCGGCUGUACACAGACAGGAAACGGUCGACUGCUUGAAGAAGUUCAACGCCAGACGAAAAUUAAAAGGUGCCAUUUUGACGACAAUGUUGGCUACAAGGAACUUCUCCAGUCGCAGUAUUGCAACCAACAAAAAAGGAGAAGGUUCUCAAGUGAAAGAAUCAACUGAAAGCAAUACAACAUUGGAAGAUGAUGAUGUCAGAGAGGACAAAAAAGGGACUGUGGACCGGAGCUCUACAGUAAUUGCCAAAGAUGCGGAAGACGUGAGGAUUGUCUGUCCCAACAAGACAUUCUCGCAGCACUCGACUAACUCUUGCGGUUCAGCACGCAAACAAGAAAUCGUUAAAAUCACCGAACAACUUAUUGAAUCGAUCAACAAUGCUGAUUUCGAAGGAUAUACGAAAAUUUGCGAUCCGCACAUGACAGCAUUUGAACCAGAAGCGCUCGGAAACCUAUUGGAAGGCAUGGAAUUUCAUAAAUUUUACUUCGACCAUGUUUUAGGUAAGAAUCGAGGCAUUAAUACGACAGUGUUGAACCCUACUGUGCAUUUACUUGGUGACGAUGCAGCUUGCAUUGCAUACAUUAUACUCGUACAAUACAUCGACAAACAAGGAGUUCCUAGAUCGCACCAGUACGAAGAGACCAGAGUGUGGCACAGGCGUGACAAUAAAUGGCAAAACGUACACUCGCAUCGGUCGGCAUCGGUAGCAUCCACCAGCAGCGUGUUUUCACCGUCCGCCAUCAGUAAAUAG